AUGCGGGUCUUCCGCGCGGCCCUCGCGGCGGCUGCCGCCAGGGCAAAAACGGCAGUGGCGCUGCACAACACUGUGAACUUCCAGCCGCAGGAGGGCUUCCAGCCGCAGGGGAACUUCAGGCCUUCCGACGGGGCCCGCGCGCACGCGGACGCGGAAGUCGACAAGAAGGUGCUCGCGGACCUGGCGGGGAGGAUCCUCUCGGACGCGGACCUCGACGCGGGAGUCGAGGAGCGCUACGUGAUGGACCUCGAGAGGAAGAUCCUCGCGGACCUCGAGGAGACUCCUCCGACGGUUCAGGCCGAGCUGGACCAGCGGAGGCGGAUCCUGGAGAGGGACAACGAGGCCUUCGACUUGGCCCUCGAGACGCCACCGGCGGGGGAGCAGACCAGCCAGCAGCGCCGGGCCCGCGCGGACCAGCACCUCUGGCUGAAGGGCAAGUCCCGGCAGGCCAUGACCAACUACAACGACGUCCAGUACGUCGCCUUCAUGGAGGUCGGGAACCAAACCCUCUCGGGCAUCAUCGACACGGGCUCCUUCGAGCUGGUCGUGUUCUCCACCGCGUGCGAGACGUGCGGCCAGGGGGGCCGCGGCGCCGGCGCCGACGCGACCGAGGGCCGCAGGGGCUACGGCGCUGGGGCGCUCGCCGCCGCCGGCGCGGCGGGCGCCGCGCUCGGGGCGCUGGCCGCGUCGGAAGACGGCCGCCUGCGGAGGAUGGAGCUGCCGCAGUCGUCCUUCCGCAUGUGCUGCGACGCGCCGCUCACCGACGCGCACCGGCGGCUGCCGGCGGAGCUCGAGGACAUCGUCGGCCCGAAGCACGUGCAGCGCGAUGUGGCGAUGAAGGGCUCGAUGGGCGGCAGGGGCUUCGCUGCGGCGGCCGUGUCUCCGGGCACGCUGGACGAGGCGGUCCGCGUGCUGCGCGCCUGCGUCGCAGCGGACGUGGCCGUGCUGCCGCAGGGCGCCAACACGGGCCUCACCGGCGGCUCGGUGCCGCGGGAGGCGGAGUGCGACCGCCCCACGGUGGUGAUCAACAUGCGGAGGCUUAGGAAGAUCAUGCCCCUGGGUUCCGAGGCCCGGCAGGUCCUCUGCUUCGCUGGAGCGGGCAUCUUCGACCUCCAGGAGCAGCUGCGGCGGCACGGCCGCGACUCGCACUCGGUGCUGGGGUCCAUCUUCCUCAACCCUUCCGUGGGCGCGGGGGUGUCCUUCGGGAGCGGCGGCACCCAGAUCAGGAAGGGCCCGGUCUACACGGAGAGGGCCCUGUAUUGCCGCGUCGACGCGGCCGGCCGGGUGGAGCUGGUCAACAGUCUCGGGCUCCGCGACGGCGGCGACGCCGUCGCUCUGCUGGACACGCGCGAGGAGCUGGGCUCCGAGGACGCUGACCCGCGGUGCGCGCUCGCGGCCUCGUUUCCCAGAUACGCCGAGCGCAUCACCACCUUCGACUCCGGCGUCUCGCGGUUCAACGCCGACACGACCGGGCCCGAUUGCAACCGCUCCGAGGGCAAGGUGUUGAUCCUCGCGACCAUCCACGACACUCACCCGCUGCCGGAGCAGACCAAGAUGGUCUGGGUGGGCUGCAGGGACUUCGCCACUGCCAGCGCGCUGAAGCGGCAGGUGUGCCUGAGCUCCCCGCAGCGCAUGGCCAAGACCUGCGAGUACAUCGAGCGGCGGCAGUUCGACAUGAUCGACCAGGCUGGGCGGGUGCUGAUCAAGACGAUCGAGGUCGCCGGCAUGUCCAGGCUCAGCUUCCUCUGGGGCCUGAAGCUCAGGGUCGAGAGCCUGCCCCUGCCCUUCGCGGGGGUCAUCUGCGACAAGGCGAUGUGGUGGCUCAACGACUUGCUGCCCCCCUCGCUCCCCAAGCCGCUCCUGGACAUAGGCCGGGAAAUGGACCACAUAAUGCUGAUGGAGUUCUCCGAGUACACUGCCGGCGAGGUGGCCCAUCUCGAGGGGCUGCUCCAGAAGUUCGUGGCGAGCCAGCCUGAGGGCAGCGUCCGGUACCACGUCUGCCAGGACGCCCACGAGGCGUUCCGGGCGAUGCUGUUCCGCUUCGCCGUGCAGCCGUCUCACCGCACAUACUGCGUGGGCAAGGGCCUGCAGGGGUUGAUCAUCGACUACGCGGCGCCGAAGGACGCCGAAGGCGUCGUGCCCCUGGAGGGCACGGAGUUCCCCAUCAAGCUCCGCGGCCUCUGCGCCCACUUCGGCGACAACGUCUACCACGAGGCGCUGGCGUUUGCCCUGGACGUGGACGUCCAGGCCGCCAAGAAGGCCAUCAAGGCCGCCAUCGAGGCGGCGGGCGGACGCCUGCCCGCCGAGCACGGGCACGGCACCGAGUACGCUGCGCCGGCGGAUACGCAGACGCGGUGGAUGGCGAUGGACCCCACCAAUGCAAUGAAUCCAGGUGUCGGCGGCCUCUCGUAUAACAAGCACUACGCGAGCACCCCCUGCCACCUCUGCUGCGAGCACCCGCGGGCGCCGUGA